GAAACGUCCAAGCCAAAGAUCCACCUGAUCCCGACGGCCGAGUUCUGCAUCGCGUGCCGGCAGGCCAUGGUAGCCAGGAGAGCAGAGAUGUCACCCCAGAGAUCAGCAGCACGACCAUUUGGUUUAAUACGGACGAGGCCACGCCAGAGACGGACAACGACACCCUGACAGUCACACCAAAUGCAGGCAGGCUCAAGACCGUGAUCGGCCGAAAGUCAGAAGCCCUGGUGGGCGAAGAACACAUGGCCAAGGAUGUGACUCUCCCUGCAGUCAGUUGGGUGGCCAUUCACCACAAGUCUCAGCAUGGCGGCAGAAUGUGCAGUUCCGUGAAAUUCACGAAAGAAGUCUUCCAAGCUUCCUGUAAAUUUGACUUGGGUACAAGUGGCCCCAACAGGUCGCGCUGCUUUGGCAAACCGUACAGACUGGAGACGACGUGCUUGACGGGACCAAUUAGCAUGUUGGAGGGACACUCCAAAGAAGUUAGGUCACGAAAACUAGAGUUUUCAAGCACGGAGAAGGUUGAAAUCACCAGCCACUACACGAAGCCCCGUGGAGUACAGGCAAACAUGGGUGGCAACUGCACUAAGCAAACGGUUGUUUUUCUGAAGCUGGUUGCGGAUGCCAAGCCGGCAGCUAUUGCGGGCACUGAGGGUGGCUGCAGCCCCAAACCAUCAUUCGUGAUCAUCACGGGAACGCCUGAGCAACCCUCGAAUCUGAGAGAGCUGCGCAUCGAACAUCGCAUGGAGGUUUUGCUGCUGAGUUUAGGUAUUGCUGCUUGGGGCCAGAUGGCAAGUAGACCACACCUGGGCGAACUGCUUGUGCAAGCUGAAGCUGGGCAGCUCUGGUCCCACCACCGGGCAUUCCAUAACUAUGGACACCUUGACCACAGCAUAACGGAGUUUGACCGCACUCACCUGGAAAGCUACAGCAUCAUCUACCAUUGUGUCCUGGAGUGGCUCAUUACCACAGUGAGGCAAAAGGGGCAUGUCCCGGAACUGGCGCAAAACAGCAGCAAGGCCCACGCCCACUGCGACAUUUGCAUGGGCAGCUUCGGAGUUGAGAUCCCCAAGCAUGCAAUGGACAAGGCAAAAUUCCUGACCUGUUCAUCAG